AUGUCUCUGGUGGUUUCAAACUUGCAAUUCUUGCAUUCUCGGCGUCGGAACGGCAAGCUUGCUUCCUGUGAGCCUUGUCGCAAAGACAAAGUGCGGUGCGACCAUGCCCAGCCGGUGUGCAAACGCUGCCAGCAACGGGGCUUCACCGGCCGGUGUUUCUACCAUCCUGCACCGUUGACGAGCGCCACCAGAAGACGACCCGAUAAGGAUAGUCAAAUCCGCCUAUCACCUUCGCUUUCUUUGAGAAACCUAGAGAACCCCAGAUCUGAUUCUGAAACGCUGGACGCUGUGGCAGAACGCCCUUCUGUUUGUCACCCAGCACCUCGAACUGACCAACUGCUGCCAGCGGGAUACUUGGGUCCGACGAGCUUCAUCGCGGGUUUUGAGGAGAGUGUUGACUUUGGUUUUCAGGCCAGUGAACAGUGCAACACAGAUGGACGCGAGAAUUCCGUCAUGGUUCCAUCUCCGGGUUUAGUCAAGAGGACCGCAGAAGUUCUUAGCUGUUUGCGAGAUUUCUCCUAUAUCAAGAACUUGGUUCAGGAAUACUACAGCGUCUCUCAAAUUGCCGUCAUUCCAUCAUCAUUUAUCCUCAACACGCUGGACGAGCUUGAGGUCACUGUUAAGGGAAGCUUGUUUGGGACCGCGUCCGACGAACAACUGUUGAAAUUCAGCACUUUGGUAAUACAGAAUACUAGUAAGGCUUUGAAGGUCCCCCAGAACACCGACGGGAGUGUGUUCCAUAAAUGUUUUACUGGGCCUUGCCUUCGCUUGGAGAUUAUUGGAGUUCUCUAUGCUCUAGCAGGCCGGGCCAGCUACUUUGGGCUAGCGGACGGUAGGGUUCGCGAUACCGAGUCACGAACCCAAUUCUCUCGCAAAAUGUUGGUUAUAUGCAAGAGUCUAACAAGUUUGAAUGAUCUUUCACUCUGUCUUGUCCAUGAAAACCUCCUCUUGUCAAAGUUGCUGCAGGGUGAUUCCAGUUCGGUGACAUGGAACCGCUUGGGCGAGCUUGCCACGGAUAUAUUCGAGUUUGGUGUGCAUAGAGACACACCUAGUUCAUUGCCGCUGUUCAUUCUGGAAUCUCGACGUAGGCUUUUCGCAGCUUCCUAUCAGCUCGAUAAAAGUAUUGCGACUUUCCUUGGACGACCACCUCGCAUUUCAUGGAGACACUCUGAUUGUCUUCUUCCUCUCGAUAUCAGUGAUGAGGCUUUGGCUGGACCACCCUACACACUGGAGGCUGCUCGACGCUCUUUGGAUGCUAAUGGAUGGAAUACAAAAAAAGUCUAUCAGCAAACAUCGUGGAUACGACUACGAUUUAUUAUCAGUACAUUCCGAGAAGAAAUUUUGGAGCUGUCCCUCCAAAAGUCAAGUCCAAAUAGAACGGAGCAAUUGCGGGGAGUCUCCAGUCGCUGUCACCAGGCUUGGAGUUCGUUGCCCGGACAUCUUCAAUACACGCCUAGUUGUUGGGAGUCCGACCUUCCCAUAGGAGUGAAGUUGAUGUCCAUAAUAUCAUACCUCGGCUAUCUCUAUAAUGAGUUUUUGGUCCAAAGCCUAUUGUGUCAGGAUAGUGAUAACACAAAUGCUGCACUCCUGGAAGUCAGCUCUGAAAUUCUCUCGACUGUCUUGACCCUGGGCCGACAGUGGGAGCGGUCUGUUGAUAUCAAGAGUGACUUCACUUGGAUCACACUUGUCUAUGGGUUCUCAUGCGCCGGCGUUUUGAUCCGGGCAUUGCAGAGACAAGUUCGGACGGGCCAGCCAUUGUUGUUUUCCGGGUCCCGAUCUUCCCUCAUACGCAACUUGAGCGUCUUUAUCUCGCAUCUAGAGUCCAUGGCAGGUUCGGAACAGCCGACAUCUCCGUUAUUCGUCCGUGCGACGUCCGUCUUCUCGAGUAUUAUUGAUGAAAUAUUGGAGCCGAGACUAGAAAUUCCCGUCGACAAUACUAAUCUCGAUACGAUAUUAAAUCCUGAUAUUGACACGCCCUUCUUUUUCGAUCUUCAGGGGAUGGACUUGUUUGAAACCCAAGAUUUCCGAUUUGCCUUUGAUGAGAUGCUUUACUAA